ACUCGUGUCUUUGCAGAUACACCUCCCUCCCCAAAACAACUCCUCCAUGUCCCGAGCUCGACACAGGCUGUAAUAAUCACUGAACGAAGACUUUCGGUGACGCGUCAUAUUCACCAACGACCGGCCUCUCUCUCUUUGCUCGACUCGUUCUUAAGCGACCUCUCCACUCUGCAUCGGUUGCGUCUUCGCUAGCUCUUGAAACUUCGCCAGAGUUUUCAAGAACUCGACCCGGUUUAGCAUUUCUAACUGUGAUUUGAACGUUCCAUGGCCGACAGAGUUGAAAGUGAAUCGGCAUGAAAAGACCCAUGUCGAAUUUCGGGUCGCAGGUGAUGCGGGUGUUUUCAGCAUUAUUUGGAGAUAAGACAGAAGAGAAAAUGGGGAUCAGGAACAAAUAUCGGAAACCAACUACUUUGCAUUGCAAUGCAGGGAGCAGAUGUUCAACCUUUGCUAUGGUAUGGAGCUUCAUGGGGUUUGUUGUUCUGCUUCAUUUGAUCUCAGUAUGUCGCCAAAAAGAUGCCGCAAACGAAGGGAACCAUUUGCGAACAAGCAACCGUCCCAUAUAUCUUGAACUUGAGACAGUUGAGGAGGACAAUCUUCAAAUUCCUCCGCCUAAGGGGAAGCGUUCACCACAUGCCACUAAGAGCAAAAAUAAGAAUAGGAGAACUCACCCUAUAGUUGAUGAGUUUCUCGAUAAGAAAUCCCAAAUUAGGCAUGUCUUUUUCCCUGAAAAGAGAACAGCCGUUGAUCCAAUGAAUAGUGCUGGAAAUGACAGUUUUUACUACUUUCCGGGGAGGGUAUGGUUAGAUACUGAGGGAAAUCCCAUUCAGGCUCAUGGUGGUGGGGUCCUGUAUGAUGAGAGAUCGGGAACAUAUUACUGGUACGGAGAGUAUAAGGACGGGCCUACAUACCAUGCCCACAAAAGAGGAGCAGCAAGGGUCGAUGUGAUAGGAGUUGGAUGUUACUCAUCCAAGGACUUAUGGAUGUGGAAAAAUGAAGGGAUUGUUCUGGCAGCUAAAGAAACAAACGAGACCCACGAUCUUCACAAGUCCAAAGUCCUCGAAAGGCCUAAGGUGAUUUACAAUGAGAAGACUAGGAAGUAUGUGAUGUGGAUGCACAUUGACGAUGCUAACUACACCAAGGCUGCUGUGGGUGUUGCCACAAGCGACUACCCCACUGGCCCCUUUGAUUAUCUCUUUAGCAAACGGCCCCAUGGGUUUGAUAGUAGGGACAUGACCAUAUUCAAAGACGAUGAUGGCAUAGCUUAUGUCAUGUAUUCCUCAGAAAACAAUAGCGUUCUACAUGUCGGACCCCUCACCGAGGAUUAUCUUGAUGUGACCCAUGUCAUGAGAAGGAUACUUGUGGGACAGCAUCGGGAAGCUCCGGCUUUGUUUAAGCACGAAGGGACUUAUUACAUGAUCACGUCUGGGUGCACCGGUUGGGCCCCAAACGAGGCGAUGGCCCAUGUGGCGGAUUCAAUUAUGGGUCCUUGGGAGACCAUCGGGAAUCCAUGCAUAGGCGGGAACAAAAUGUAUCAACUCACCACAUUCCUCGCUCAAAGUACAUUUGUCCUUCCAAUGCCGGGUCAACAAGGCGCUUUCAUCUUCAUGGCAGAUCGGUGGAAUCCUUCUGACUUGAGGGACUCUAGGUACGUAUGGCUUCCUUUGCUUGUCGGGGGUCCAGUGGAUGGUCCCCUCGAGUACAGUUUUGGGUUUCCUUUAUGGUCGAGGGUGUCGAUCUAUUGGCAUAGGAAGUGGAGGCUUCCUAAGGGGUCAAGUUCAUCAACGAAGUAGUGGUGUUCUUCAUGAGGGAAAAAAAAGGGAUGUGUAUAUCAUCUGUCUUCUUGAUCAUUCUAAAGGAUCUGUGUAUAUCAUCUGUCUUCUUGAUCGUUCUUUCAUUGGCUUACAUAUCUUUGUGGCUAGAGGCUAGAGCAGUUUCUGGUUCGGAGCUGAUGGUGGUAACAUGAGCAGACAGCACUGUCGGUGUAGUUUCUUCUUUUUAUUCUUUCAGGUGAUGUGCAUAUUCACCAAGUAUAUCUUUACAGAUGAAUAUUGUUUUUUUCAUGAAAUUUCUCACGCAGUUAAAGCAAGCAGCUCAGUUGG